CGCGGAGGAGGGCAUCCACUACGAUGACGACGGGGAGCUCAGACUACUCACGGAGAGAGUGCCGAGUUACUUCGAUGUCAGAAUGAACAUUCGUGCAAGCAUCGCUGCGAACUGAGAGGAGUCACUCAGAGCACGGAUGCUAUUGGCACGGUUCACUGAGGCGCAUGAUUUGCGUGUAGACAACACUGCUGAUAGCAGUGCAUACAGUUUGAGAAAAGUGGUUGGUUGGAUGUGCACAGAAGGGAUGUCCGAUGAAGGCGAUUUGGAUAUGACAAAGCAGCAGAAGGGUGGAAUAUACAUGCCAGCCGAUUUCAAGCAGAUGUUGAUGACACAGGCGAAGAAAUGGGGAAUGCUCGUUGAAGGUUCUAAGGACGAGAUGAAGAGCGGUGCAGCAGAAAUUUUAGUACUUUCGCGUUUGAAGGACAUACCGCAAGCUCCCCCGCAAGACUUCCAAGAACUUCCGGUAAUUAUUGCAAACGGGGUGGAGUAUGUUUUACUCGACCAACUGGUGGAUUUCAUGAAAAAGAAACCUGGCGAUCUCAAUGUCAUACAUGAGGCAUUGCAUGAUGUGACAGAGCAAGCACUGGCGGGCAAGGACCUUAUUACAUACAGGGUGCGGAGUGUGGACGAUGAUGUCGUAUGUGGUACUCCAUUGUGGGAUGGAAUGUUCAUGGCAGCUUUGCAUCGCCUCAGCAUUGCGACUUCUGAGGUGGACAGAAAUAGGUCAAGGGAAGAAGGAUGGAAGUUGGUGGCCAGUGAAGCAGAUGUUGCACUUCAUGCAACAGAUGGACACGCUUCAGCAGGGGAAGAAAUUGUGAGAACAGCCUCCAUCGUGCGUUCUCCAAUAAACACAAUGUCGAAGGAGGAGGUAGAAGAAGAAGAUGUGUUCAAUGACUGGACGAUGACAGAACAACAACGGGAACGAGGGUUCGAAGACUCUUCUUUACCGAUCGAUUUCGAAUAUGAGAUUGAGGAAACAAGAGUGAUCAACAAUCAGAAGGUUUAUGUUUCGAAAGCAGGAUGGCAGGAGCGGAUCAAAAGUAGACCUGAAAAGCUGCAUCGAUUGAGUAAUGAACUGCGAAUGAUAGCUGUUGUUCUCAUCCCUGUGAAUCACAAAAAACAUUGGAAAUUGCUCUUGCUACUGAAUGUCGUUUGGUUUUUGGCAGUCAUGGAGGACAAUGAUGGCCAGAAACGACCUGUUGCAAUCGUCAUGGAUUCCUUUCAACAGAGUGGCCAACAGGAAUGGAGGGCGUUGCGCACAUUUUUGUGGUAUAAAUACCUCAACAAGGCAGAUAAAGCAGGGGUGUUGACUACCGAGACCAUGGACACGUCGUGGGUGACAUGCAGAGAUCUACUUGGAUCCAACAUAGUAUAUGCGGAAUGUUCGCAACAGACCAAUAUGUGCGACUGUGGUGUUUAUGUUUGUUGCUUGGCAACACAAUUGAUGCGAAAGCUAGCAAACGUGGCCAACGGAAUGAACAUAACCGUAAAAUAUAUAACAGAAGUUGUUAGCGCGAUGGAGGUCAACGAACGAACGGUCGAGAGAUUUCGUCACUCGAUGGUACAGCGCUUUGCACAGUGCGCUGCAAUGGCAAAAGGAUAUAACACCGGAGCAGCAUGUGACAUAGACAAUGUCUUCAAAGAUCUCAUACACGGAAUACGGAGUGGAAGUUCGUAAUUACAAGGGCAUGAUAGAAACCCGACAUUGAAACACAAAGU